GAAAAUGGCAGUCACCGAGCUAUGACUACAAGUAGAUCCACAAUACGAUUAUAUGUUGAUUCGGUCGAUUAUCUGUCGACCUCUGCCACCGAAAUGCCAUACGAAGAGGUGCCUUUAAGCACUCUUAAAUCGAACGGUUACAAGAAGCUCCGAAACAAGGCAAAUUUGCGGGCGAGUCCUGAAGAUGAACCAGGAUAUGGAUCGACCGACGAUGCUCCGUUGAUGGUAGACGAGGUUGAUGAUGAUUUUGACGACGAUCGUGGCCUGUCUGAGGGUUAUCAGUCCUCUGAUAGCGGAGAUAAGGACAGGAGAAAAGGGAAAAGUAAGCGAAAGAAAGAAGGGUGCUGCAUGCGCUGUUGGAAGUUUUGGUGUUGCUGUGGGUUUUUGUCGUCUUGUCGAAGGUAAGC